CUGUACGGACUGCCAGGACUGCUGUGCACUAUCAGCCAAAAUAACCAACGCCAGGAGCCGGUGGAAAUAUACGGGCCUCUAGGAUUACGUCACUACCUUUGUACCAGCUUGGCCAUCUCACGUUCAGACAUUGAUUUUAGUUUUGUCAUUCAUGAAUUGCAACAUCUGCCUCUCCAGAUCCCAGACAGUGUCCAGGAUUGGCCACUUGAGAUUCUUUCUGUGAUUCCAUUUCAUCCAUGUGAGAAACCAGGAAGCAUCAUCCAAGCUGAUGACAACCAGAUAUGGCAUCUGUUCUCAGACUCCAAACUGGCAGUCAAGGCAGUCUGGGUAAAACACAGGUUGCCAUGUUUUUCCUUCGUCAUUCAGGAAGCAGAGAAAUCUGGCAGACUGGAUGCUGACAAACUGAAGUCACUGGGUGUCAAGCCGGGACCGCAGUAUGCCAGACUCAAAGCUGGGGAACCUGUAGUCCUGAACUGUGGCACACAGGUAACCCCAGACCAGGUGCUAGGUUCACCUGUAGCCGGGAGAACUCUGGUGAUAUCUGGAGACUCCUCAGAUUCCACACAACUCUUGAAACUGGCCAAGGGAGCAACAGUCUUGGUACACGAAGCCACAUUGGAAAAUUCUUUGAGAGAACAGUGCGUCCAAAAUGGACACUCCACACCAGAAAUGACAGCAACUUUGGCCAGAGAUUUGGAAGCUAAGAUGCUCAUUCUCACCCAUGUCAGCUCUAGGUACAAACCUGUUUCUGUCAGCCUAAAGAAUGAUGAGAAAAGUGCCCAGAUAUUGUUGGAUGAAGCCCUGGAGAUUCUCCCUGCAGACAAGGUGCUACUGGCUGAAGAUUUGUUUGUCUACCGAGUGCCUAGAGAUGUCAGCUGA